AAAAAAAGGGAAGCAUCGCAUCUCGCAUUGUCUUCUUCAGCAAAGAACAAAGAACCGAUUCAUCAGUUAUAGUGGUCAAUAAAGUUGUAAUCUUUCCCUCACCUCUCGCUACGCCCUCUGCUAAACAUUUCUAGUGUUUCUACAUUUCUGGUGGUCUUCGAUCUCCUAUCCAUGGAAGGAGCUGGAGUUGCAGAAGAAGAAAAUGUCUAUUCGGUUUGGGCAUUACCACCUGAAGACGUGACCCAGAGGUUGAAGGCAGUAAUGAAGGAUUUGGGAUCGGAAUUCAGAGGUCCCGAGUUCGAGCCACAUAUCACCGUCGUCGGAGCUAUUGGCCUCACCAAAUCCGAUGCCCUUCAAAAGUUCAAUUCCGCCUGCGAAGGUCUGAAAUCGUAUACAGCUCAAGUUGAUUCGGUGGCUACGGGUACUUUCUUCUAUCAAUGCGUCUUCCUUCUCCUCCACACCACUCCUGAGGUGAUGUCAACUGGCGAGCACUGCACUACCCACUUCGGAUACAAGAGUUCAUCCCCUUAUAUGCCACAUUUGAGCCUCCUUUAUGGGGAUUUAACUGAUGAGGAGAAGAAGAAAGCACAAGAGAAAGCUAAACUCCUUGAUGAGAACAUAAGCAGCCUGAGCUUCCAGAUCGCUCGACUUGCCUUGUACAAAACAGAUACUGAAGACAAAUCCCUCAAAUCCUGGGAGAAGGUGGCUGAAUACAGUCUUGUUUAGCCACUUCUUCUGUUAACUAUAUAUGAAAAUUAGGGUUCUAAUAUCUUCUUUUGUCAAAUCUUUCUGUUCUUGUCCUCAGUCAUUCAAAGUUUUGACCGUUAUAAAUAUUUCUUAUGGUGAAUAUUGAUGCUGGUCUUUAGUUUCUGAA